UUUAAUAUGUAUUUUCUGAUUUUUCCUUUUUUCUACGGGAUACUUUUCUACUGUAUCAGGAAACGCGAUUCGUGUUUAUGAAUCCGUUACUAUGACAGCGGAUUUGAAUCCGGAAGACUUUGGAGUGUGUAAAUACAUGGCAAAUAUAUUGCCGAAUUUGUUAUUUUGUAUAUUUUAUGGAACUGAAUAUUUUAUGGAAGUAAAAUGACGGAAGCAACUAAAUCCGAUGUGCAAAUUAUUUUGAGCAUAAAAGAAGGGAAGGGUUUUGAACAAGUUUUACAACCAACAUUAUUAAUUGGAACUUUAAAUGGACACUCCUUAGAAACUGACAGAAUUGAGUCAUGUCCGACUCCGCAAUAUAUCACAGAUUUAGUUUGGGAAACUAAUAAAAUAGUGUUGAGAAGAAUGCGAUCAGAGCAAGUCUCAUUAAAAUUAGAAUGCUUUGCUUUUAAAGAGAAUGAAGGUAGAGAGAGACUCGGAUACGUUCUACUAAACAUACGUUCUGCGCAAGUAAUAUCUAAAUGUGGAGAUUUGAAUCCAAAAGCAAGUUGGCACAAGUUGAUGGGAUUACGAAGCAACCUUAAAAUACAAAAGCCUGAGUUACUUCUUGCAUUAAGAGUUGAAGAUCGGAAGGAUGUAACUUUAAAUCCAAUAGUGGAGCAUAGUAGAAGUUUGAUAGAAAAAGAUAUUAUUUUGGAAAGUAAUGAAAUAAUCCCUUAUUUGCAUCCUGAUGAACAAUUGAUUCAAUUGGGGCCUUUAGAUACCUGUGGUGAAUUAUUCAUAUUAAGUAUCAUGGCCAUAUACAUAAGAAAUUUGCAUUUAUUAUUUCCUGAAAAUCUGAAUAUGCAUAGCACUGUACUCUCAUAUCGAGUUCUGGAAAACGAUGUAGAACUUAGACCGUUCAGGACAGAAUCUAGUAAAUCUCAUUUUGUCCCCGAAAAAGUAACAAUGAGAAUACGAAGCUCCUUAAGUGUCUUAAAGCAAUACUUACAAUCAAAACCGUAUUUAUUAAUAUAUUUAAAACAUGAAAAUGGCAUAAUAGCUGAAUCAUCAGUUAAUCUGCAAUCUCUAGUACCCGUAGAUAAUUUGCAAGAAUUUCUCAAAUGUGCUGCGCAUGCGAGUACUACUUUAAACGAACAAUGUUUUCUAAUUAAACAAGAUUCAAUAGAAAACCAGAAUCACCAGAAACCUUACCUUGAUCUGCAACUCAAAUUGCAAUAUAUUGGAAGUAAAACAAAUAUUUUGUUCAACUUUGAUACAGCAAUGAAUUCUAAUAAUCUAAACAAUAUGAUGUCUAACACUCAAAUGAAUCGUAAUGAAGAAAGUAUAAAUGUCGAUCAGAGAUGUCCAGAAAUUGAAUCUCACAGAAAUCCUAGUGGCGAUUAUGGAAAAUCUAGUUUCAGGAAUAUUCCUAAUGAAGCAAAAUGUGCAAAGGAAUAUAAAAAUGUAAACAAACAAUCUGUUGAUUGUCAAUGCUUAAAACAUCAAACGGAGUCUAAAGUUACAUGUUCGCGCUCGUGCGAUGGAAUUCUGUACAAUGUUAAUAAAAAUCAUAUCAGAGAUGUAGGAUCUUAUCACUGCUAUUGUCUACGCAUUUCACUCGAGGAAAUAUCAUUGGUAUCUGAGAUGUUAUCGGGACGAGAAAUUAAAUUUCGAUUUCACCAUCCAAAAACUGAAAUCAUGUCAACAGCGUACGCAACAAUGCCAGUUUUACUAAACGAGAAAGUUAAAUUGCAAGAUAUUGUAUGCCAAUUUCACUUUAUAUCCGCACCAAAUGAAAUAAAACAAUUACUAGAAUCUUUUCCUCCGAAAAUCAGUAUAUGCGACAUAAACGAAAGUGAUGAAUUGUCAUUACUAGUGCUUGAUGUAAAACCGUUAUUUUACCAAGAAAAGUUCGAAUGUCAGUAUAAAUUAUCUCUGUUCGAUACAGAUCGAAAUAAAAUUGCUGAUAUGGACAUUAUACUCAAAUUAGAAGAUCGUGGACCGCAUUGUAUAUUAAAAAAAGAAACUAUUGAUAAAAAUCUUGGCCCACCAAUAUUGGACGACAGCUUAGCAUAUAAAAUAGUGGACGAGCUUGAAACUUGGAAGGAACGCCAAAAAGAAAUGUUUAAAGCUGAGCUCAAAAGAAAGGAAGAACGAUAUUUGAACAUGUUGAGCGAGGAAUGGCGAAUGCAAAAGGAAAAUCUAGAAUCAAAGCUCGCAUACAGUGUCGAACAAUGUAAAACGUUGGCCAACAGUUUAAACAACGCUACUGAAGAUUUACGAAAGCGUAGAUUGAAGAGCCUGGAAAAUGAGACCAGACUGAUAAAAGCAAACGAGGACUUGCAAUGGAGAUAUGAAACCAAGUUACAAGAACUUAAAAACUUGCUGCAUGCAACGCAAAGUGAUCUUACAUCAAAGAUUGCCAAACUUGAGGAGAAAAAAGUUGCUUUAGAGGCACAAAUGGAAAUAUUAUCGUAUGAAAACGAGAAUAUGAAAUCGUCGAUAAGUAAACAAAUGGACGAAUUGCAAAUCUAUCAAAAAGCAUCAUUAACUCAAGAUCAAACAGCGUCUUUGUUGCAAGAAGUAAAAAUUCUCGAGGAAAAAUUAGACAAUGCUCAGAAGGGAAAAGAAUUUUUUAAAGAGCAAUGGGGCAAAGCAGUUCGCGAAUUACACAGGAUGAAAGUGGAUUAUCAACAAGCCAUGCAAAUUCAAAUCAAGAACAGUAGGGAAGAACUAAUGAAUGCGGAUAUUGCGGAAAUUUUGUCUGCAGACAGAAAAGCUUUGGACAACGAUCAACUUUUGCUGAAAGAGCUUCAAAAAGAAAUCGAUGUGAUCAAGCCGAAACAAUCCUCUACGAAAGAUACCUACAAUCAAAUAUUUACGACAGCUGAUGACAUUUAUUAUGAUAUUUCCUGUAAUGAUAAUAAAAUUGUUGACGAUAAAUCAAAAGAAUAUAAUGAGCGAUUGCAGUCGUUGAAAGGAGAACGUGACACUCUUUUAAGGACCGGAAAUUACACAGAUGAUGACGUAGUGAUUAAAAUACUUAACGCAGAGAUUCAAUCCUUAUUGACAAACAGGUAGCGAAUUUAUUUUCUGCUUGUUUUCUCUGAUUAAUAUUCGAUUUUCAUAUAAGAAGAGGAAGGUAUGCAAUUUCAAAAUAUAUGACAUGUU